GAAAAUAUUUGGAAAAAUUUCACUAUAAAUCCAAAAGAUCCUGCACCAUUUUUUACAAAUGAUACACUUGAUAGUUAUAUUGGCCUAGCAAUUAAUAUAGAUUGGUUUCAAUCAUUUAAUUAUACAGUUUAUAGUACUGGAGUAAUUUAUGGA